CUCUCACUCAAAGCGUACAAAGAUGGCGGAAGUAGAGGAACGGAGAAACCUGUUGGGUAGCGAUGAUGAAGGUGAUAACGUUUCGUUUUCAGACACCACGGAUGGACCGGGACCGAGGAGAACAAUGUCCGCAAUAACCGACCCAAAUCGGUUGCCACACCGAAUUAUCGUCCUUAGUUUUAUGUGCUUUCUGGGAUUCGGAAGCUACUUCUGUUAUGAUAAUCCCGCAGCGCUGCAAAAACAAGUUAUUCAGGACAUGAACCUGAACACAAUUCAGUUCAUGCAGCUGUAUUCCUGGUAUUCAUGGCCAAACGUCAUUCUCUGUUUCCUGGGAGGGUUUAUGCUGGACAGGGUGUUUGGUAUCAGGUUGGGAACCAUCAUCUUUGCGCUGUUUGUCUUUAUUGGACAGGUGAUCUUCGCGUCCGGAGCUCUGCUGAAUAGGUUCUGGUUGAUGGAGGCUGGCCGGUUCGUGUUUGGGAUCGGAGGCGAGUCCCUGGCUGUGGCCCAGAACACCUACGCUGUGAACUGGUUUAAAGGGAAGGAGCUCAACCUGGUGUUUGGUCUCCAGCUUAGCAUGGCCAGACUGGGCAGCACAGUCAACAUGAACAUCAUGGGCUGGGUGUACAACAGAGUGGGAGACCUGGUGGGGUCUGCAGGAUACACCACACUGGGAGUCUCCCUCAUGAUUGGUGCGUUGACCUGUGUGUUCUCUCUGGUGUGUGCUCUGGUGUUGGCUGUCCUGGACAGGAGAGCAGAGAGGAUCCUCAACAAGGAGCAGGGCAACACCGGGGAAGUGAUCAAGCUGACUGAUGUAAAAGACUUCCCGUUCCCCCUCUGGCUCAUCUUCCUCAUCUGUGUGGGCUAUUAUGUAGCCAUCUUCCCCUUCAUCGGCCUGGGACAGGUGUUUUUCAUUGAGAAGUUUAACUUCUCUCCAGCAGAAGCCAGAGCUAUAAACAGUGUUGUGUACAUCAUCUCCGCCCCCGCCUCCCCUCUGCUGGGCUUCCUGGUGGACCGCACAGGCAGGAACGUGCUUUGGGUUCUCUGUGCUGUCGUGUGCACUCUGCUCGCUCACAUGAUGCUGGCCUUCACCUUCUGGAACCCCUGGAUCGCCAUGUCUCUCCUAGGCUUGUCGUACUCCCUCCUGGCCUGUGCUCUUUGGCCCAUGGUGGCCUUCGUGGUGCCAGAACACCAGCUGGGGACCGCAUACGGCUUCAUGCAGUCCAUCCAGAACCUGGGGCUGGCCCUCAUCUCCAUGGCAGCAGGUUCCAUCCUGGACAGCAGAGGAUACCUCUUCCUGGAGGUCUUCUUCAGCGCCUGUGUCUGCUUGGCUCUGAUUGCCGUGGUGAUGCUGUACUUUGUGGACUAUCUCCGUGGUGGAGAUCUGAACCUGUCAGCUUCAGCCAGAGCCAAACUCCUCAAAGACACUACUCCUGAGACAGAGUGACAGGUGUCAGACCUGCCCUGGGCCCCUCCACCAGGGGGUGCCACAGCGCUACCCCUCCCUCGCCCAUGCACUGGCUCCUCCCACCACACCUCUGACCCAGCCAAUCAUCUUAACUGAUACUCCCCCUUGCACUUAACUGACCAAUCACAGACAAGAUGCUGACCGCUUUGGCUGGCCAAUGGCUGACUGUUUCCUGUGGAAGCUGGCCAAUGGCUGACUGUUUCCUGUGUUGGCUUACUCCUACCUCAUCCCAACUUCUGCCACAUCUCCUUCUACACAAACUACAGGACUUUUAUCAUCUUUUUUUCCUGUGCCAACUUCAUUCUGGCAGGUUUUUCUGCUGAGGUACUGAUGAUGGACUGGGAGGAGACGAAAUGAACUUGAUUGUCUACGAGUAUCGAGGAGUCUGCUUUGAUUAGCCUCAUGAUUUAAACAUUUUUUUAAUGACAUUUCUUUUGGUGGGGAAGGUGGAUUCACAACAACCUCUUCAUCUCCUGUUUUACCGUCACACUGACCAGAUUUAUGUUCAUUUUAUUACCAUCUUCACCGAAGUUAAGAUCGUCUUCUCCUAUCGCUUCGUUCUUUAAACUCUGGUUCUCGGUGCCUGUGUGUAGUGUGUGUGUGUGUGUGCCUGCGCAUGACCGGACGCAGAAGCUCAUAAAACUAUACUCCUCCUUGACAACCGUUCGUGACGCCGGGCUCUGACAGGCCUGGGGUUGUGAACGUCCCUCCGCUGCAGGGAAACUUCCAGAAUGAAACUGCUCGACUUGGUAUGUUGUUGUGUUGUAAGUGACCUUCUUCGGCUGAAUCCCAAUUCUCUGUCUUACCCCUAGCCCUUUUGCGCGUUCACGUGAGAGUAAGGGCUAUCCCAAUUCUCGUUUUGUUUGAGGGGUAGGGGUACAUACCCCUUAAAACCAAGUGUUUUUGGGAGCUUACUUGAAACCAAGGGGUAGGUGAAUGAUGCGCAACCUGCAACAAUGGCGGCCAGAUCAUCCAGAGUCCGAUAAAUGUAAUAUUUUCGGCUUAAAUAAUUGAUUUAAAAAUGACGACAGUCUUGUUUUGAGCUCUGCACAGUCCUGUACAUAUAUAUUUUCAACCAUGUUCUUAAUUGAAAUGUUUUAAAAAAUCGCUAGUUUGCUACGCUAACGUUACAUUCCUGAUUUGCACAACAGUCCCGCAUUUCUCUGACUAGCCUUGAAUGGACUCCUACAGUUUUAACUAAACUACAUUAGCAUUUAACUUUGUUUGAUAUCAGUGCAUAACACUACUUGCUUUGGAGACAUAGAUAAGUACUAGAUGACAUAACCAUAACCAAGUGGCGUCUCAUUUCAUAGAGGUAUCUAACCCGUAACACUCAGUUUCGAGGGACAAGUGCUAGGGGUAAACUAAGGGGUAGGGGUAAGACAGAGUAUUGGGAUUCGGCCUUAACCCUAACCCUUAGAAUGACCUGACUCCUGAAACCCUUAUGAAACCCCUCAACUGUGGCACACAUGAGCCUCUGGUCUGCAUGUUUAUAUUUGGGUUGUUUGUGGAGGACACAUUUGUGAGCUUGAGGAGAACAUGCUGGACACAAAAAGCACACCUGACCACCAAACGGUGCCCCAUGCGGGAAUCAAACCCCGGACCUUCUCUUGGGGCGGGUUGUAGGAUUUGACAGUUUGCGAGGAUGGCCUUUUUUGGUGGCAGUUGUGUGGAAUGUUUUCAAAGUAUUACAAGGGAUGUUUUUUUUUGUUGUUUUUUUUUGGUGCCAAUUGAUCAAUCUCAGGAAUUAGCUUUUUUUAAUGUUAACAGAGCUCUAAAUGAUUUGGGAGGUGUUUUAACCAUUAAGACUGUUUAUUUUUACUUUAGCCUAACUCCAGGAUAUUGGGCUACGGGAACUGUGGACAAUUACUUUGACAAUACGGGUUUAGCAUGAGAUGGCACUGGUUUAAUGGUAGCGGUUAGCUUAGCUUUAAUGAUAGCAUUGUUAGCUGAUGACUUGGCUGUAAUGUCAGCUGUUGAGCUAAUUUCAGCUUUCGUAGCUGUUAUCUUCGCUUUCAUUUUUGCUUUGUAAGCUUUGCUUGGCUACAAUUGUAGCCAUGUUAGCUUUUCUUUUAGCGCUGUUUGAUUGUUCCUGCGGGAAGAUCUGCAGUGGGUGGCGGCCUGCUGGGCAGACUGCUCUCCGACAGAGGUCAUGUGACCUCCACAGGUUAAAGGUUGUCGUGACCAGGUCUCCAUCUUCCUCCCAGUUGUCAUGCCGACAUGGUCGACAGCCAUGUUGGAGGUCAAAUUAUAGACUAACACCGAAUCGUUACUGGCGUCAAGAAUCAAGUAUACUAGAUACCACACUGUAUAAUCUGAUGUAUUAUUCUGUAUUCUCUGACAAAUUACAGAUAUACACGAAAAUAAAAUAAUGUUUUCUAAAACAGA